GGAAAAACAAAGAAGCCGACCCGAAUGGAGAAACAACCGAGCCAAUCGAUGCUCCAGGAAUGCUUAGAGUUCCGACCUGCUCCGUCCACAUCUUCGAAAGAAAAAGAAAGGCCGAUUCUGCUUCAGACUUCUGAACUUUUUCUCUUCCACGCCCACACAUCAAACCUCUCCUUCACGCCUGGAUUCCAUCGAUCCGACCUUCUUUUUUGUGAAUUGCGGUUUCCUUAAGAUUGUCAUAGACGAGAGUCACCAGUUGCUCUCUGUGUAUCAUCAUCCGGACGAGUAGACACGAAACAUCGACUCCGAUAGAGAUCACCUCAAUCCAGCUCACGCACUUCCUCAAACCUCCUCUUCUCCAUCUCCCUUCACAAUGAAGAUUUUCUCAUCAACGUACACCUUUGAUUACUCAUGGGAAGAAGUCAGCACAAACAAUUGGCGGAAAUACUGCCCAUGGAACGACAAGGCCUCGCAUGUGUUGGCCGUUGACACCAUCUCCCGCCACGUCGAUUCUUCGACCGGGAUCCUUCGCACAGAACGUCUCAUAACGUGCAGACAAAAUGCACCGCAAUGGAUUCUGACCAUCCUAGGCGGCGAGACCACAAGCCACGUCUACGAGGUAUCUUACGUGGAUCCUACGUCGAAGAAAGUCACCAUGUGCAGUACGAACAUGACCUGGUCGAAUCUGCUGCAGUGCCGGGAGACAGUGGUGUACCAAUCAUCCUCGAACGACAACAAGGGCAAAACGGACUUCAGACAAGAAGCUAAAAUCAUUGCGCUUUGUGGCGGUUGGCAAAAGAUACGCACAAAGAUCGAAGAGGCGAGCGUGGAAAGGUUCCGAGAGAAUGCGGCUCGGGGACGAGAAGGUUUCGAAAUGGUCCUUCAGAUGUCGCGGAGACUGUUUGCUGAAGAGCGGGAGAAGCUGCGGAUGGGACAGGCCGUCACUGUAUAGGAAAGAGAAUUGGGCUGGCUACAUCACACCUCUCAUUUCAGCAUAUUACGACUCACGAACGUCAUUCAGCGAGACAUAGAUAGAGCACUUGGAGUGGUCUUUUUCAAUGUGCAGGAGUGUAAUUGGCUUCGAGCAUUGCUUUUGGGCGCGGGCAGAAAAAGUUAGGCAACGGAUUGGUUGGUCUUCAGCGUGGCGUACCGAGUGAUGACUAUCCAGAGAACUCGAAGGCAGUGUCUUCAUAUUGCAUGGUUUUGGGCAUGGAGACGACGAGGUAUGCGAGAUGAUCACGCAUACAUACUACACUAUUUCUAGACUAUUAGAAGGAGGUAGGGUCUGACCUCAGGGUCUGAAGAAGGCAAGAAACUUCUUUUCGGUCACUGAUA